AAAGACCGCGCGCGCGAAGAUGAGCGCGAUCAACGUGACGCAAGUCUCCGUCCUGGACAACCCCGCGUUCUUCCUCGCGCCGCUGAAGUUCGAGAUCCAGUACGAGUGCCUCCAGCCCCUGCAGAAAGACCUCGAGUGGAAGCUGACGUACGUGGGAUCCGCAGAGUCGGACGCGCACGACCAGGAGCUCGACGUCGUCCUCGUCGGGCCCGUCGCGGUCGGGUCGUACAAGUUCGUGUUCCAGGCGGACCCGCCGGACCACAAUAAGAUUCCCGCGUCGGAUCUCCUCGGCGUCACCGUGCUGCUGCUCACGUGCGCGUACGACGGCGUGGAGUUCAUCAGAGUCGGGUACUACGUCAACAACGAGUACGCGGACGAGGAGCUGAAGGAGAACCCGCCGGAGAACCCGCACGGGCGGUUAGAUCGCGUGGUUCGGAACAUCCUGGAGGAGAAGCCCAGGGUGACGAGGUUCCCGUGCGAGUUCGACACGCCGUCGAUACCGACGGCGGCGAGCAUGGACGACUACGAUGAGAUGGAGAACAUGAACCCGGGAGGCGCCAAGGCGGGAGAGUUCGGCGUCGGCGGCGAAGGCGCGACGACGACGCACUCGAUGGACGCGCACGGCGGGUUCGCCGCGGGGCACGGUCUGAGCGAGUACGGGCACGCGCAGUGAGAGCGGCGAGCGAUCGACGAGACGAUUUCGUUUACUGUAGAGCGCGCGCGCGUCACCUCGCGAUGACGCGCCGUCGCGUCGCGUUGUAUUAAAAGACAACC